AUGCCAAUAAAAUCAAUCAAGGCACGUCAAAUUUUCGACUCCCGCGGCAACCCCACAGUUGAAGUCGAUCUCGUAUCAGACUUAGGUCUUUUCCGCGCUGCUGUUCCAUCUGGAGCAUCAACUGGUGUCCAUGAAGCUCUAGAACUCAGAGACAAUGUAAAGGGUGAAUAUCACGGCAAAGGUGUCCUCACAGCCAUCAAGAACAUAAAUUCCAUCAUCGCUCCUGAGUUAUUGAAACAGAAUUUGGAGGUCACCCAACAAAAAGAAAUUGAUCAAUUUAUGCUUGCUUUGGAUGGUACCGAGAAUAAGUCUAAACUUGGUGCUAAUGCCAUCCUCGGAGUUUCUUUGGCCGUGGCAAAGGCCGGUGCAGCUAAGAAGGGUGUGCCCCUCUACAAGCACCUCGCUGACUUGGCCGGCAAUAACGACAUUGUCCUGCCAGUACCUGCCUUUAAUGUCAUUAACGGUGGUUCUCAUGCCGGAAAUAAACUGGCUAUGCAGGAGUUCAUGAUCUUGCCAACUGGUGCCUCUUCAUUCAGUGAAGCUAUGCGCAUGGGUUCUGAAGUGUAUCAUCACUUAAAGAAAAUUAUUAAAGAGAAGUUUGGUCUUGAUUCAACCGCUGUUGGUGAUGAAGGUGGCUUUGCUCCCAACAUUCUGAACAAUAAAGAUGCUUUGUACCUCAUUCAAGAUGCUAUUCAACAAGCAGGAUACAGUGGCAAGAUUGAAAUCGGUAUGGAUGUAGCCGCUUCUGAGUUCUUUAAGAACGGUACCUAUGAUCUGGACUUCAAGAACCCCAAGUCAAACCCAUCUGACUACUUGUCAUCUGAAAAAUUAGCUGAAGUUUACUUAGACUUCAUUAAAGAUUUCCCAAUGGUAUCCAUCGAGGAUCCCUUCGAUCAGGAUGACUGGGCAGCGUGGGCUAGCCUGACAUCACGCACACCCAUACAAAUUGUUGGAGAUGAUCUUACUGUGACCAACCCAAAACGUAUUGCUACCGCUGUUGAGAAGAAGGCUUGCAACUGUUUGUUACUGAAGGUGAACCAGAUCGGAAGUGUUACUGAGUCUAUUGAUGCUCACUUACUGGCUAAGAAGAAUGGAUGGGGCACUAUGGUUUCCCACAGGUCCGGUGAAACUGAAGAUACUUUCAUUGCUGAUCUGGUAGUAGGAUUAUCCACUGGUCAAAUCAAGACUGGGGCUCCUUGCCGUUCUGAGCGCUUGGCCAAAUACAACCAGAUUCUUCGCAUUGAGGAAGAACUUGGAGCCGCUGCUAAGUACGCUGGCAAGAACUUCCGCAGACCUGUCUAG